AUGAGGUGGUUGUGUAUAGUGCUCUGCUUUGGAUUAACUUUUUGCGACAACAUUACGAAUGAUGAACCUCCCGAAAUUGACUACUACUCGAUGCCAGCUCUGUCCGAGCUAGACGACUUUGACCUCUGCCUCAGAGAACCAGAAUCUGUCUACUGCAUAGUAGACUUUGUUCUGAUGGAAGAUGAUUCACCGCUGUACCAGUACAUAAAGGUGGAUACCAUGUCGGUCAGAUACUGCAAAACCCAAGGCGAUUAUAUUCCAGUAGACACAUUAGAUUAUAUUAUCGGAUCUAUUAUUUUACUCGUUUUAUUUCUCAACUUAGGAUGUUCUACCCAUUACUUCUUCUGGCCACCACAAACAAAACAAGUGAACCAAUACAUGUUGGCAUUUUGCAUUCAAAAGAAUUGGAAAGCGCUCAAAUAUGGAGGAAGCGCUGAAGGGGGCAUCUUCAAAUGUUUCCAAGCUUUGAGGUAUGCAAAAAUAGGACUUGAAUAG